ACGGAAGUAAGUGGGCAGAUGGGAAAGUGAGAUAAAGCAGGUUUCGUAACACUUCUGACUUUGACGAUACACAUAGUCACAUUUGUCGUGUUCAAAGAUAAACCAAGUGGUUCUUCACUCUUCUAGCAUCUUGUUGACGUGUCUCUACUGAACAGACACUCGGGUUUCCAGUUAUUAUGGCUGAUGAUUUGUCCUUCCUAGAAGAUGAUUUGACAUGUAUCGUCUGUUGUGAUGUCUUCACUGAUCCGGUCACUCUGAAGUGCAGCCACAGUUUGUGUGAGAAGUGUCUGCAGCAGUUCUGGAGCACUCGGGAUGUGCCACAGUGUCCGGUGUGUCGGAAGGAAUGUUCCCAAGACGAGCCCACCAAGAGUCUGGCCUUCAGAGCGCUCUGCGAGUCCUUCAAGAUGAGAAAGCCCGCCGCCAUUGUUUCAGAAGUCGUCUGUGGAGAACAUAAAGAGACACUCAAACUCUUCUGCUUUGAAGACAAGCAGCCCAUUUGUGUGGUCUGUUACACUUCAAAGAAGCACCGAAAUCACAGGUGUUCUCCUGUCGAGGAGGCUGUUGGGAAUUUAAAGGAGGAUCUCAAGGCAGGUAUGGACAAACUACAGGUGAACCUCGGUGACUUUCAGGAAGCCUUUGACAGCUGUGUGAAACAGGCUGAGCUCUUCAAGGAAUACAGCAGCACUGCUGAAAACCUGAUCAAGAAGGAAUUUGAGAAGCUCCAUCAGUUUCUGAGAGAGGAGGAGGAGAAACGGAUCAGAUCCUUGCGGAAAGAACUGGAUCUUCAAGCUGAGAAAAUUGAGACCAGAAUGGAGGAGCUGUCCACGCAGAUAUCAGAUCUGUCUGAGAAGAUCGCAGCUGUGUGGCAGGACAUGGAGGCAGAAGACAUCACAUUUCUCCAGAAUUACAAUGAAACCUUAAAAAGACUCCAGUGCCCAGUAGUACCAAACAUGCAUUCACAAACCAUGAUGACACAUCAACCUCAACCCUUUCAGACAAUGCUCUUCACCACCUGGGCCAGAAUGCAGAACCUUGUGGAACAGGCUCCUGUGACUCUGGACCCGAACACGGCCUCGAAUAAACUGCAGGUGUCUGAGGACUGCAGCAGUGUGCAGUAUGUGGAAAUGAAGUUGCAAGUGUCUGAUAAUCCACAGAGGUUGUAUGUGGGCGUCCUUGCCUCGCAGGGAUUCAGCUCAGGUCUGCACUGCUGGGACGUUGAGGUGGGAGACAACGAACACUGGACGCUCGGCGUGGUGGGGGAAACGGUCAACCGGAAAAAACUUUACAAAAUGGAUCCCAAGUGUCGUUUUUGGUGUUUCCGGUACGUGGAUGGCUUGUACAGGAAAUGUUGCAAACCUGGCAAAGAUAUUGAUGACGACGAGAGGCCGUGGGUCAUCAGAGUGCAGCUGGAUUUCGACAGAGGGGAGCUGAGAUUCAUCGACCCCUUCAGGAGCAGAAAUCUGUGCACUUUCACCGGCGGAUUUCCUGAGAAGGUCUUCCCAUACUUCUGUACUGGAGAUGGGGUCACACCAUUGAAUCUUUAUCCGGCCAAUAAAUGCCACCACUAAACCGAAGCUAACCUGACCAUUUUUGUGACUUUUGCUAUUUGUCUAAAUGUCUUCAUCAGUUCUAAAUUACAUUUAGUUGAACGGCCAACCUUUCCGCCUGGUUCUGGAUAAGUCUUGGAUUAUGUGGGAUCUGGGAUCUCUAUUUGUGGGGAAAACAUAUGUCUUGCUCUGUCAGAUAGUAAAAUAAUACUUCUCAUUAUAAGAUGUUUCUGCAUAAAUAAAUAUGGACAAAUAUGA